UUGCUGCAGUACCUGUUCCUCCUCCUCCUACUCCUCCUCCUCCUCCUCUUUCUCUUUCUCCUUGCCUUUUCAUUCUGAUUACCACCCUCACUCAUAAAUGCUUCCUUAGCAACUGAUUAUGCCUAACUGUAUUUCCCACCAACCUCUCAGGAUUUUGGUACUUAAUUCACACUCUCUUAAUUUAUUCUCAGUUUAGGGUUGCUCUCCAUAUGAUUUUAUGGAUGUGCAGUCUCUCCAAGAUGGGUACCAACUAAAUGUUACAGACUAAGUGAUUGCCUUAAUGAUGGAAGUAGAAGUGAAAUUGGCUCUAUGUAUUCUAAUUGCUUCAGGAAGUCUUCAUAAAUGAAAUGGAAUUUCAUAAGUUUGGAAUCAAAGACCAGAAAGUCUUUAGUCUAAGUAGGGAAGAAAAGCAGUGUGGAAAUUUUGUAGGAAUAACAAUGUUAAAUCUGUGAUAGCUGGGCGGCCAUGGCACUCUGCUUAAUAUACCUGAGCCUCAGUUUCUUAAUCUGAUGCCACGGAAAAAAGUAGAGUAGGAAUCUCUGAAUUGAUUCCUUCACCGAAAGAACUGUUGAGCUGGCAUGAACUGUCUGAAGGAACUAUUUUGGAACUCUGGAGUCUAGUAGAACAUUUGCAGCAUUCAAGGGAGUACUUGAUGAGGAAAGAGGCUGUUUUAUCUUCAAGACACUAAAAGUAGUAAUGGUACUUUUAUAAAUAGCCAGAGAUUGAGUCGAGGCUCUGAAGAAAGUCCACCAUGUGAAAUUCUUUCCGGUGACAUUAUCCAGUUUGGGGUAGACGUGACAGAGAAUACACGGAAAGGUUGUGUGUGUAUUGUUACCCCAAACAAAAUUAGAGUUGUCUUAGCAAGAAAGAAGAUGGAAAGGCAGUAGAGUUACCCAUGGGUGUAUCGUUUCCACAAUAAAACUUUUUCUACCGGAUGGUAUGGAAGCCCGGCUCCGCUCAGAUGUCAUCCAUGCACCAUUACCAAGUCCUGUUGACAAAGUUGCUGCUAACACUCCAAGUAUGUACUCUCAGGAACUAUUCCAGCUUUCUCAGUAUCUACAGGAGGCCUUACAUCGGGAACAAAUGUUGGAACAGAAGUUAGCCACACUUCAGCGGCUGCUAGCUAUCACCCAAGAGGCUUCAGAUACCAGUUGGCAGGCUUUAAUAGAUGAAGAUAGACUCUUAUCACGGUUAGAAGUUAUGGGAAACCAAUUACAGGCAUGCUCCAAAAAUCAAACAGAAGAUAGUUUACGAAAGGAACUUAUAGCAUUACAAGAGGAUAAACAUAACUAUGAGACAACAGCCAAAGAGUCCCUGAGGCGGGUUCUUCAGGAGAAAAUUGAAGUGGUUAGAAAACUUUCAGAAGUUGAGCGAAGUCUGAGUAAUACUGAAGAUGAAUGUACCCAUCUGAAAGAAAUGAAUGAAAGGACUCAGGAAGAAUUAAGAGAAUUAGCCAAUAAGUAUAAUGGAGCAGUUAAUGAGAUUAAAGAUUUAUCUGAUAAAUUAAAGGUAGCAGAGGGAAAACAAGAAGAAAUCCAACAGAAAGGACAGGCUGAGAAAAAAGAAUUACAACAUAAAAUAGAUGAAAUGGAAGAAAAAGAACAGGAGCUCCAGGCAAAAAUAGAAGCUUUGCAAGCUGAUAAUGAUUUCACCAAUGAAAGGCUAACAGCUUUACAAGUACGGUUAGAACAUCUUCAGGAGAAAACUCUUAAAGAAUACAGCAGCUUAGGGAUACAAGUUGAUGACUUCUUACCUAAAAUAAAUGGGAGCACAGAAAAAGAGCACUUGCUUUCAAAGAGUGGCGGGGACUGCACUUUUAUUCAUCAAUUCAUAGAAUGCCAGAAGAAGCUGAUCGUUGAAGGGCAUCUAACCAAAGCAGUAGAAGAAACAAAGCUUUCAAAAGAAAAUCAGACAAAAGCAAAGGAAUCUGAUUUAUCAGACACUCUGAGUCCAAGCAAGGAAAAAAGCAGUGACGACACUACAGACGCGCAAAUGGAUGAGCAAGACCUAAAUGAACCUCUUGCCAAAGUGUCCCUUUUAAAAGAUGACUUGCAGGGUGCACAGUCAGAAAUUGAGGCAAAACAAGAAAUACAGCAUCUUCGAAAGGAAUUGAUCGAAGCCCAGGAGCUAGCUAGAACAAGUAAACAAAAAUGCUUUGAACUUCAAGCUCUUUUGGAAGAAGAAAGAAAAGCAUAUCGAAAUCAAGUUGAGGAAUCCACUAAACAAAUACAGGUUCUUCAAGCCCAGUUGCAGAGGUUACACAUCAAUAUUGAGAAUCUCCGGGAGGAGAAGGACAGAGAAAUCACAAGUACUAGAGAUGAAUUGCUUAGUGCCCAAGAUGAAAUUUUGCUCCUUCAUCAAGCAGCAGAAAAGGCUGCCUCUGAGCGGGACACUGACAUUGCCUCUUUACAAGAAGAGCUUAAGAAGGUGAGAGCUGAGCUUGAGCGGUGGCGGAAAGCAGCAUCUGAAUAUGAGAAAGAAAUCACAAGUCUGCAAAACAGUUUUCAGCUUAGAUGUCAACAGUGUGAGGACCAGCAGAGAGAGGAAGCAACAAGGUUGCAAGGUGAACUGGAGAAGUUGAGAAAGGAAUGGAAUGCAUUGGAAACAGAAUGCCAUUCUCUAAAAAGGGAAAAUGUUUCACUAUCAUCAGAACUGCAACGGCAAGAAAAAGAAUUGCACAAUUCUCAGAAGCAGAGUUUAGAGCUUACCAGUGAUCUCAGCAUCCUUCAGAUGUCUAGGAAAGAGCUUGAGAAUCAAGUGGGAUCCUUGAAAGAACAGCACCUUCGGGAUUCAGCUGAUUUAAAAACUCUUCUCAGUAAGGCUGAAAACCAAGCAAAGGAUGUACAGAAAGAGUAUGAAAAGACACAGACUGUACUCUCAGAACUGAAGUUGAAGUUUGAAAAGACUGAGCAGGAAAAGCAGUCAAUCACAGAUGAGCUCAAACAAUGUAAAAACAACCUGAAGCUGCUCCGAGAGAAAGGAAAUAAUAAACCCUGGCCCUGGAUGCCCAUGUUGGCUGCCCUGGUUGCAGUAACAGCCAUCGUGCUGUAUGUGCCAGGUCUGGCCAGAGCUUCUCCAUGAGAGCGUUCCUUGAGUCCGUACACCGUCCUCCCUCUAGAAGCUGGCAUCAUACUCAUGCUGGGGACAAACAGAACCAUUUUCUUCCUUUUUACCUCUUUUAAAACAGCAGAAGUACAAGAAUACAGCUGUAGGGUCAUUGCUUUAAAUUAUAUAAAAUGUAUCUGUCUAUAAAGAAGAUAUAAAAUUGUGACUUUAUUCUACUGUAAGCAAUAAUUUGCUUGCAAUUUUUCAUGUAAUUUUUAAAUUAGUAUGUUGAGAUUCUGAAUAUUAUGGUGGCCUAAAGUAGGCUUCUUGGUACACCAGAUUAUUUAUAGCAUUAAAUUUAUGAGUAUUUUACUCUGAAUUCUGAUGACCAGAUAAUUCAUUUUUCUGAUUCGAUAAUUACCCAAACCAAACAACCAGUACAUACAUGGGAAGAGAGGCCCUGUGUGCUCAGUGCCUAUCAGUUUGAAAUAUAUACACAUAUAUAUAUAUUUUUUACAUAUUUACGCCAUUUUUACUUGUUAUAAAACCACUGAGCUAUUGGGAACAAGACUUAGAGACAACUAAUUGCGUGGAUUUUUUUUUUUUUUAAGGAAAAAUACAUUUGGAAAAUAAACUGUUAUGGUGAUAAUUUGGGGAAUAUGUGCACGCUUGUUCAGCCUUAAUGAGACUUGAAGAUGUGGAGGACAUCAACUUUGAAAAACUUUCCAUGAGAGUGUGUAUUUUCUUGAGCAAACUGAAGUAUUUCUGGGAGCAAAAACAUAGUAAUUACACAAUUUCAGUGCAGUCAACCAAACUGUUGAAUCAAUUGGAAUGUAAUUUAUUAUAAACCUCAUGUAUUUAAAGAGAUAUUUUUCUUUAAAAGCCAAGUUACUUUCUCAUAUACAGCAUUUUAGGAAGCAUGAUUUUUUUUCUAUCAUCUAUUCCUCCAAGCAUGUUUAAUUGAAGAAAGUAUUAAUAUCUCUUCCGAUAAGCUUGUAUUGACCUAAUUUGGUUUAUGAUGUGUCAGAGCUAAUUCAUGUUCAGGGUAAGCUGUUGUACCUACCAACAGAUUUCCUGGUUGGGUAUGCAAAUGGUUAUUUUCUUUUUAUUGUUGUUAAUUGGGACUUUCUGUUAAUGAAAAGCACUAUUCCCAAGAUUAAUAGUGUUCUAUGCACAAUGAAGCACCUAAAAACACUGCUUGAUGUUAUAAAUUUAAAACACAGAAGUGAAAGUUUAGCCAUGGUUUUGUGUGGCAUCAUAGUUAUGUCCGUAAAGUUUAUUUAGGUCAUAGAAUAUCCUAAAGUAUCACAUAGUUAAAUUUUUCAGUCAAUGAAGACUGGAAGGGAAUGUCAGUGAAUUGGCUUGAAUGUUCUGUGGCAAUCCAGAAGUCUAGCCAAAUAUUGAAAUAGGAGUUUAGGGUAUAAUUUGCCUUGUGAUGUUUGGCAGUCACUGUUUAUACUUUAAAGGUUAUAUUUUAAGCUAUUUGGGAUUACUGUUGGGAGGAUCACUAGAUUUAUGGAGGAAUUAGUCACAAAUGACUUGUAAAGAAUACUGUCUUAUAGUUCAUUUCAUCAUUUUCUGUUGCAGGAAGCCACUCCACCACAGAAUGCUAAUAUGCCAGUGGUACCCAGUACCUCUUGUAUAUAGGUUAUUGCAAAUAUUGUUCUGAAAUGCUUAACUUCAGAAUUACAUUUUUUAAAGUAAAUAAUUGUUCUAAAUCUAUUUUGUAAAGAUAUAAAGUACAAUAGAAUUUCUGGAGUACAGAUUAAACUAUUUGCACUAACACACGUGAUGUGCAUGAUUUAAUAAAAUAACUUUACUCUCCCUACGCAUGUUUGAGUUGAAUAUCAUUGAAGUUCUUAAUGCUGACUCUACUGUUGGAUUGUUAAUAAUCUUCUCUUGAAAUGACUCUUUAUGCAACAUAACAUACCUUUGGUAUUCUUCAGGGUUUAAAAGAAAACAGCUGUUUCCUCCAAGUUUUAUUAGCUUUUUAUUUAACUUACUACUCCAUUUUUUUUUCUCUUUUAAUAUGGUUAUUGUUAAAAAGAAAGUCACUUGCCAGACCAAUCUCUUUAAAUUUAAGGUGGUCUAGUAUCAGUAUUUACUUCAAGUGGAAUAAAUGGCUUUUUGUAGUUACUUCCAAUUUUCCUCAAGAAUAUAAAUAAGUCUAGUCUAUUUAUAAGCAAUAUCUUCAGUUUUGUUCAGUUCACUUCCAGGUUAAAUAAAGAGUAGGAUUAUUCACUGGUAAUAUUAGAAUCAUUAAGAAAUGUUAAACACUGCAGCUAGAAAUUGAACAACCCUAUAGUGAUACAUUUAAGAAUUAUUCAAAGGUGCUACAUGGCAGGAUCAGAAUAUAAAAAGAACAUGGUAUUUGAAGCAAAACAUCUGUAUUGGCAUCUUGGUUCUACCUUUUAUCAGCUGUUGUUGUCUUGCACAAAUCACAUUUUGUCUGAGUCUCUAUUUUCUCAUAACAUGGGGAGAAUAAUACUUAUAUUUGUGAUAGUAGUGUGAACCUUAAAAAGAUAAUGUAUGUGAAGUAACAGUCAAGUGGUGACUAAGUUUUUAUGAGAAUGUUAUACUGAAAAAUACAGCAAAUAUUAAAGUUUUAGGUAAACCAGUA